AUGGGAUUAAGAUCAUUUGAUUUUUCCAAAAAUAACCUAACUGGUAAGAUUCCAAAUGACAUUGGUGACAUGAAAGUACUGGAAUAUGUAGAUCUAUCAGAAAAUCAACUUUCUGGUCAAAUCCCACAAAGCUUUACGAGUUUGUCCACUUUGAGUUACUUGAAAUUAUCUGAUAACAAUUUAUCAGGUUCAGGUGGUAAAGUUCUUAAUGUUGAGUGUGAAGAAGAUGAGAGUGACAAAGAUGAAGCGGAUUGGUUCUACAUUUCAAUGGCAAUAGGAUUUGCACUAAGCUUUUGGAGUGUAUGUGGCUCAUUGCUUUUCAAGAGAUCAUGGAGACAUGCUUAUUUUCGUUUCUUAGACCGUAGCUGGGAAUUGUUGCUUGCAAAGGCUCCGAUAUGUUGA